AUGAUACCGAGAAAUAAUAAAUUGAUCCCUACAGAUGUGAAUAGAUCAUAUCUUAACAAAACCAAAAUGAAGUGGCUUGUCUUGUUGGCAGGCCUUUCAGUAGUACUGGGUGCUGCACCCAGAACAACGGUCUUGCGAGAUUUCUCAGUUGAAGAUAGCGACGAUGGUGGCAAAUUUUUUGUCGCGAAGCUAAAUAGCGCUACGAAAGAAGAUUUCGUUGGGCACAUUGGACGCCAGGUUUCCGGUGAUGAUGAUGAUGUUUCUUUUGAUAUGACGUCAGAGUAUCACGAAGAUGUGAAUGGUUACAAGGUGUCCAUUUCCUGGGAUGGACCGAGUAACAAAGUCUUUGAAGAUUGCUUUGAAUUUGGAUCUUCACAAUGGUUCGGAGGACCAGAACAAAAAGAGCAAUAUUGGCCUAUACAAAAAUCAAAACUUGAAAAUUACUCCAUAAUUUCAAAAGAAUUAGACAACUCCGCGGUGGCGGAGAGAUAUUGGCUGAAUUCUAACGGUAUAUAUAUUUAUGUCCACCCCGAAGCCCCACUGUUUGUCGACUAUCACAACAUCUUGGACAACCACAUAUGUUUAAUCGCUAACGUAGCUGACCCCUACUCCACGAGGAGAACUCACAACGUCCUUAAAUACGAUAUAUGGUUCUUUUCGGACGCCAAAGUUGCCCACCAACAUGCUGUUGACACGUAUUUGGGAAAGCCUUCAGGCAUCCCGGACUACAGAAUGAUUCAGUACCCAAUCUGGUCUACUUGGGCAAGGUAUUCCAGAGAGAUCGAUCAGGAAAACCUAUGGGCUUUCGCCAAUGAGAUCAAGGAUAGUGGCUUCCCAAAUGCCCAGUUUGAGAUUGACGAUUUGUGGGAGAUUUGCUAUGGUUCUCUUACUGUCGAUGAGAGAAAGUUGCCGAAUUUGAAACAGUUGGUACAAGAUAUUAAGGGACUUGGAUUUAGAGUUGCAAUCUGGGUUCAUCCGUUUAUCAACAAGGAUUGUGAGCCUUGGUACUCUGAAGCUUUAGGAAAAGGCUACUUGGUUCUCAAUGAAGAAGGUAGUCCUGACUCCUCGUGGUGGAACAACAAUGGAUCCAUUCCUGGUUACAUCGACUUUACAAACCCUGAGGCAUCUGCAUGGUACACAUCUAGGGUCCAAGAAAUUAUUGACACCUACGAUAUUGACACUUUAAAAUUCGAUGCCGGAGAAUCGAGCUGGUCUCCACAGAUCCCAGUCCAAAAUGGCGACAUUGAUCUUCACCCAGGUCACAUCGUUCAGUCCUAUGUGCGGGCUGUGGCUGAGUUUGGAUCUAUGAUCGAAGUUAGGUCUGGAAUGAGAACCCAGGAUCUACCCGUAUUCGUUCGUAUGGUUGACAAAGACACGUACUGGGGCUUUAACAAUGGCCUCCAGACCAUGAUACCGACCCUCUUAGCCAUGAACUUGAAUGGCUACACCCUGGUUCUGCCAGAUAUGAUUGGAGGCAACGGUUACAAUGAGAAACCAAGCAAGGAACUGUUCGUGAGGUGGCUCCAAGUCAACGUGUUCAUGCCGACUUUACAAUACUCCUUUGUGCCUUGGGAUCAUGAUGACGAGGCUGUGGAAAUUUGCCGGAAAUACACACAAAUUCACGCUGAUUAUGCUGACGAGAUCGUCGCGGCCAUGGAAGCCUCCGUGAAGGUCGGCACUCCCGUCAACCCUCCCAUCUGGUGGUUGGAUCCAACUGAUGAACAGGCUCUUGCAGUGUGGGACGAGUUCCUUCUGGGCGAGCGGAUACUAGCUGCCCCAGUUGUGGAAGAAGGUGCCGUGUCACGUGACAUUUACCUCCCACGGGGUACAUGGAAAGAUGGCAACACUGGUGACAUCUACACUGGACCCACGACGCUGACAGCCUACCCAGCGCCAUUGGAUAUCCUUCCUUACUUCAUCUUAGAAGAAUAA